CGGCGCGGCACGGCUCGGCACGGCUCGGCACGGCUCCCAUGUGCACACCCUGCGGGCUGCCGGACCCCCGGCCGCCAGCGGAAAGGAAACUAAAGCAAGGCUUCAGGAGGAGAGGUAGAGGUGAGCUGAUUGCUCCUGAGAGACAAGGCGAGAAGGAGGUGUUUCCUUCGGUGCUGAGGUUGUUUGCUGGCUUAGCAUCAUUGCAGACGAGCUGUUACUCCAUCAGCAGAAGGUAUUUUAUGUUUGUUCAAUCCAUUAGGCCACAGCAGCAAUUCAAGUCCCAUCAUCUGCCUUUGCCUGGGGAAACUGGAGGCGCAGAUGUCGUGGCACCCGCAGUACCGCAGCUCCAAGUUCCGCCACGUGUAUGGCAAGGCUGCCAGCAAGGACAAGUGCUAUGACUGCGUGCCCAUAACCCACAGCGUCCAUGACAACCACUUCUGCGCCGUGAACCCACACUUCAUCGCGGUAGUGACAGAGUGCGCGGGCGGAGGGGCCUUCCUCGUCAUCCCCAUCCACCAGACAGGGAAGCUUGACCCACAUUAUCCCAGAAUAUGUGGGCACAAAGGAAAUGUUCUGGAUAUCAAGUGGAACCCAUUCAAUGACUUUGUAAUAGCUUCGUGUUCAGAAGAUGCCACUGUUAAGAUCUGGGACAUCCCCAAGCACUUGCUAACAAGAAACAUCACCAUUGCGAAGAAGGAACUUCUUGGGCAUGCUCGAAGGGUGGGCCUCAUUGAGUGGCAUCCCACUGCCGAAAACAUCCUCUUCAGCUCCGGCUAUGACUACAAGAUAAUGAUCUGGAACAUCGACACGAGGGAGGCUAUCCUCUCGAACCCAGUGAAGAUCCUCGACGCUCACAAAGAUGUGAUACUCUCCAUGUCAUUUAACACAGAUGGCAGCCUCCUUGCCACAGCCUGCCGGGACAGAAAGAUCCGUGUCAUAGAACCUCGUGCAGGAACAGUCCUACAAGAAGCCAACUACAAGUCUCACAGAGUCAAUAAAGUCUUGUUCCUUGGAAACAUGAAAAAGCUGCUCUCUACUGGAACAUCUCGGUGGAAUAAUAGGCAAAUUGCAUUAUGGGAUCAAAAUGACCUUUCUGUGCCUUUACUGGAGGAAGAUCUGGAUGGCUCCUCAGGGCUCCUGUUUCCCUUCUAUGACUCAGACACAAACAUGCUUUACGUUGUUGGAAAGGGUGAUGGAAAUAUACGGUACUAUGAGAUAAGCCCUGAGAAACCAUACCUGAACUACCUGACAGAAUAUCAUUCUCAUUUACCACAGAAAGGAAUUGGAAUGAUGCCAAAGAGAGGCCUUGAAGUGUCAGCUUGUGAGAUUUUCCGUUUCUACAAACUGAUCCCAACUAAAAGCCUGAUUGAGCCCAUCUCCAUGAUUGUGCCUCGACGGUCGGAGUCAUACCAGGAAGACAUCUACCCCUUGACCACUGGAGCCCAGCCAGCACUGACAGCGCAGGAGUGGCUGAACGGUAUUAACAAAGGGCCUCUCUUGGUGUCCUUGAGACCAGGCUCUGGAGCUGUGAAUUCCUUACCACAAUAUCUCGAGCCAGAGCCACUCCUGAAAACUACUGACCAUUACCAAGGCUGGGGAGCAAUAACAGCACCAGAGGAGAUGCAGAAGAAAUCUGAAAUCCAAGACAGCAGAAAACAGCUGGAAGUGGGGGAGAGGUUGCCAAAAAAGGAGCAAACGCAUCUUUCCAAUGGCUUUGACAUAUUUGAGUGCUCACCACCAAAAACUGAAAAUGAGCUUCUGCAGAUGUUUUACCGACAACAGGAAGAAAUACGUAGACUACGUGAGGUGGUAAACCAGAGAGAUGUCCAAAUUAAACAGCUGGAGCUGGAGCUCAGAAACCUCCAUAUGGACACUAGCAGGUACUGAGGGUGCUGGUCUACAGCUCUUUGCCCCUCCACAGCUGCAGCAGACUCCACUUCCUACAGAGAACUUCUAGAUUUUUUGUCUGGGGGAAAAACUGAUGCUUCAGGCAGCAUGGACUUCCUUGGCUUGUGAUGGUCACAUUUCCCUAGUCAACACCACACAAUUAUUGAUGGACUCGAUGAGCUUCUUCAGAAUCCUCUUGCUUGUCCACUCACUCAUGUCAGAAGAUCAUGCAUUAAUGGUUGUAAGACUUUGGAAAAUCUUGCUCUUCUCAUCCUGGAGAAGCCACCUGUUAAGCUCUACGACCACAACCUGUUUUGCUGCCCCUAUGACAUGAGGAUGGGAGAGUGAAGGCAGCUGCUGGCUUCUUUUCCCACCCCCAGACACAACAGCAUGGCUCCUGUGACCGCUGUCCUCCUGCCCUAGGAGACAGCUCUGCAGCUACUCUAAAGCAAUCCCUAUGUCCCCCUCUUGCCUCACAACUUGGCCCUGAAGCAGGUGGCUUGCCAAAGCUGCAGCUGCCUUGACCUGGUGCUGGGGAUAAUCCUGCUCAAUGCAGGAGGUUGCACUGGGGCUGCCAAGGGUCAGCACUUUGGCGAUAGUUGAAGAAGGAUUGUCUGUUUGGAGGUCCCACUCUAAAGGGGCAGUGAUGUGGGCUGUUUCCCACCAGAGAAACUGCAGGUCUCUGGGUCCUUUGAGUCAGUGGCUUCUUCCCCUCUUUCUACCAAAGACGCCCAGCCUGCUGCAUACCUUUCAGCAACAGUGCUAGAAGUGCAGUCUCCAUGACGGGUGGAUUGUGGGAUAAUGGCCAGCCAUGAACAGCCCUUCCUGGUUGCUGAAUUAUUGCAUGUCCUUGUGCCCAGAGCUUCUGCUUCCUUAGCUCCCAGGUGCCGGCACCUCAUCCCUUGUCUGCAGCCACCUGUGGCUCUGGGCUCCCCCUUCCAGUCUGUGCUGCUCAGUCCCCUGCACC